GGUGACGAGCCGCGGAGGAAAGCGCUCCGAGGGGGAGGGGUGUCCCGCGUCCGCAGGCCCACAGACAGCAGGCAGCAGCUGCGGCGAGAGGACCGUUGCUCUCCGUUAAAGGCGUACAUAGUCAUACAUUUGAGGCCGACGACGCCCGGUUCCUGACGAUUAUUAACACGCUCAAUAUCCAACAUGGUGGACCGCGAGCAACUGGUGCAGAAGGCCAGGCUGGCCGAGCAGGCUGAGAGAUAUGACGAUAUGGCAGCAGCCAUGAAGUCGGUCACGGAGCUGAACGAGGCGCUGUCCAACGAGGAGAGGAACCUUCUCUCCGUCGCCUACAAGAACGUGGUGGGGGCGAGGCGUUCCUCCUGGCGCGUCAUCUCCAGCAUCGAGCAGAAGACGUCGGCCGACGGCAACGAGAAGAAAAUCGAAAUGGUGCGCGCCUACCGGGAAAAGAUCGAGAAGGAGCUGGAGGCCGUGUGCCAGGACGUGCUCAACCUCCUGGACAACUUCCUGAUCAAGAACUGCAACGAGACGCAGCACGAGAGCAAAGUCUUCUACCUGAAGAUGAAGGGCGACUACUACCGCUACCUGGCCGAGGUGGCCACCGGCGAGAAGCGCUCGGCCGUGGUGGAGUCCUCCGAGAAGUCCUACAGCGAGGCGCACGAGAUCAGCAAGGAGCACAUGCAGCCCACCCACCCCAUCCGCCUGGGCUUGGCGCUCAACUACUCCGUCUUCUACUACGAGAUCCAGAACGCCCCCGAGCAGGCGUGCCACCUGGCUAAGACCGCCUUCGACGACGCCAUCGCCGAGCUGGACACCCUCAACGAGGACUCCUACAAAGACUCCACCCUCAUCAUGCAGCUGCUACGAGACAACUUGACGCUGUGGACGAGCGACCAGCAGGACGACGAGGGCGGCGAGGGCAACAACUAAAAAAAAAAAAAAAAAAAAAACGAAAGAAAAGAAAGAAAAAAAAAAGUCUGCAACCGCAUUCUGCCAAAACAACACAAACCGUCGCGCUCACAAAUCGAAUCCUAGCGAAAAACUUAGAAAUUAAGCUAAAUGGCGGGAGGGGGUGGGGUGGGGAGGGUGGGCGGCAGCCCGUUUACCCAAGGUACGAACACGGCUGCUUUUAUUUAUUUUUACACACAUUCAACGUGAAAUCGUGAAUGGGGGGGCCGGAAAGGGGGGGGCGAUAACCCAAGUAGGAGGUGUCAACUCAAGUUAACGUCGUGCGUUGUCGUGGCGCAAACAAAGCGGAGGCGUCGCAGCCACGAAUUUUGAGUUUGUGAAAAUUCGAGUAAGCUUGAACGUCGCGGCCUUGCUUAGCGAGCGGGGAGGGUGAGGGGGCAGGGGGGCGGGGGCGUCCACCCACAUGCGUAUCGACGUGGCAUCUUUAGUCGGAGUGCAAAGCAGGUCGUCUCCAUUGUUGAGAAUUACAUGAAGUGUUUUUGUUUUUGUUUUUCGUUUUUUUCUUUGUUUCGCUUUGUGCGUCCAAAGUCACACGGUCAUACUGUUACUAAAAAUAGACCAUGAAGUUAAACUUUAGUGCAGCUUGUCCCUACCAUGUGCUGAUGUGCUUUACUGAAUAAAUUAACCGUUUUUGGACACCUAAUCCGUAGUGUCAGUAUUGUCGUCACUCCGUUCCCUCCCCAUGUGUGUGUGGGGGGGUGGGGAGGGGGGGCAUUCACAGAAAUCACAAUUGCCGACGCUUCCGAACUCGUACUCUUCAGGACGGAGUGAAACCGAGUGAAAGAGCGCACGGAACCACAGACGUGAAGUAUCGCCACGGGGCAGCACUCGUGCAAUGGUGAGAGAAGGUUGGUUGGCUUUGUGGACUUGAUCUGCGGUUCGGUUUUGUUCCGGAAGAGACGCACUCGCCUACGACAGUCUUUCUUUUCUUCCCUUCUUCGGUGUUCAAGAUGCCAACUGCUCCAGUAUUCUCCAUAGUACAAGUAUUGUGCAUGCUGGUGAUGUAUUUCUAGAUGAACUUAUACUGUAGAUGUUAUGGUAAAUACUAGAUCUUAAUCUUAUUAUUUUCUAUUUAUUUCUUUUUAUGGCAAUUGUUAGCUAGACUUUAUUUUAAUGUGUUUUCUUUAUUCCAUUUGCUGAAACUGAAACACUAUACCAAAAGGGUUAUUGUUACCAAUAAAUUGAUCUGUUACAGACA